UCCUGGGUGUGCGCAAUACGACGCUGCGACUGAGAGAAACCCAGUGGGAAUCUCGAAACUUCGGGUGUUGAUUCCGAUACCUCGUCGCUCCACUCGUGGUCGCGUUGAUCCUGGGAGCUGUGGGCUGCAAGUUCACUGCCAGUUGCGGUGCCAGUACAAUGCCCCCGUCACGGUCGCAGAGAUGGUCCCAGACAGUCCCAGUCGCCCCCCCUCCCCCUUCUCUCUCCAGCCAGAAAGCGUUCGGUUCGCAUGCCGUAUGGAAGGAGGGCCUUGUCCUAACUACAAAUCCCACACCAAAUUCCCGAGGCUAGCCCGCCUGCCCGCCUCACCCGUUGAUCCUCGUCGUCGCUUUUUUUUUUUUUUUUUUUUUUUCUGACGGGGCCCCUGAAAAACAUCAACAUCCCCAGUCCUUGCAUGUUCUUCUGGUCCUCGCAAAGAAAAAAAAAUAUCCAAGACGCGUUCACCGUGCUCCGGAACACAUGGUUGUUUUUUUCAACAUAUGACCUUGUACUCUGAAAUCUAAUGGUUGUCUCCUCUAUGCAGCAUCACCCCCAUCACCAGCAGCAGGGUCCUGUUCCUCCCCAUCUACAACACUCGAGACCCUCGAGCAUUGUGCACCAGCAGCAUCACAACCCGGCACCUCAGCAACCGCCUCAACACCAGAGUGCCUAUUCCUCGGGCCACUCUGUCUAUCAGCAGCCGCCUCAGGCCAACAACACUCAGGAUCAUCUGCCUUACUACCCGCAUCCCAGUCCCUACAGCACCCCUGGCGCGACAAGCGGAUAUACAUCCGCAGAUACCGGAGACAUGAUGGCCACGUCGAUAAGGCCUCCCUACCCGCCUAUGACCUCUUAUCAUACCCCUCAAUCGAACUCGCCAGCAUCGGUCGCGUCGCCUUCGGGGCAUGAUCAGCAAAGGAGUAUCUACGGGCAAGCCCCUUCGCAGCUACACCAGCAGUCUAUGUACUAUGGCGCUCCUCAGCACCCGCAGUACUCGUCGAUGCCGGCGCAAACCGCGCCCUCGCCAUAUGCGCAACACGCCCAGCAGUCUCACCAGUCCAUAGCCUCUCAGCCCAGCAUGAUGAUGUCUCACACCGCGCCGCAGCACCAGACAAGCCACCAGGCGACACUGAAUGCUCAGGCAGGAAUGGCAACAGUCAGCCCUCGCCAGGGCAAGAUUGAGACCCAGCACGGCAUGAACCAUCAGAUGCAGAGAAACAAUGCCCCCGUACCGCUCGCUGGCGGCGCCCCGUCGACUACUCCUCAGAACGGCACGACGCCCACUGGAUCGGCAUCUGGCGUGAACCCUAACGCGGCUCCCGGUCCGAUUCCCGCGACAACACCACUCGUCGUUAGACAGGAUCAAAACGGUGUUCAGUGGAUUGCUUUCGAGUACUCUCGCGACAGGGUCAAGAUGGAAUACACAAUCCGUUGCGACGUGGAAUCGGUUAAUCAGGAUGAGCUGUCUCCCGAGUUCAAGACCGAGAACUGCGUUUAUCCUCGCGCGUGCUGCCCCAAGGAGCAGUACCGUGGCAACCGUCUGCAGUACGAGACCGAGUGCAACACCGUCGGUUGGGCGUUGGCCCAGCUGAACCCGCCCCUUAGAGGCAAGAGAGGGCUCAUUCAAAGGGCGGUGGACAGCUGGCGCAACAGUAACCAAGAUCCGCGACUCAGAUCCCGCCGCGUGCGGCGAAUGGCCAAGAUGAACCACCGCAACAAGGCCGGUUCAGCAACGCCCCAUCCUGCCCACAUGGCCGGUCCCACCGGCCCUGCUGGCAUCUCGACACCGGCGGCAAUGGGCUCCAGCGGCGCUGCCGCUAUCAACAAGCCUGGAAUUAAUAAUAUGGGUACGUCGAUGCACCAUCACCAUGCCCACGAUAACGGAAAUGCUCAGGGAGGAGGAGACGAAGUCGGUAUGUUUCACCAGAUGGCCUAAUGCGCGAGUUGUUGCGAUUCAGUGUGAUACCUCAUUUCAAACCGAUUGUUUAAAACUGCGCCUGCCUUGUUUGGUUUAUGUUAUGGGUUUUGGGAUAUUUUGUUUUUGUCUUUUUCUUUCAGAUUUGAUAUAUACCGGCUUGCCAACGCAAGUUGACGAGCUCUGCAUGGGCGAUACUGGAGAUCUCUGGUAUAAACAAAGAUCUGUACAUUACGAUAGUUGCGCGUUUGCUGUUGUUUAGUUUGUGUUGCUGGUUUUCGGUCGUCGUUCAGUCGUCUGGCUUCUGGCAAACGUUUUGCAUUGCAUUUACCUUGCAAUUGCAUACCCAUCAGCAUCGCUUGUCACAUAUUAACCAACGCCAUCAUCACCCACACAUGUACUUGGCCCUCUGCGAAGCAGGGGGGCAUUCCCGAGCGGCUGGAAAGCCCCGAAAUUGCUGUUACUUUGUCUUUACCGCGCAUUGCAUGGGGGUUGUUAGAGAUUUGCGAGUUGACGUUGCCGCGCAGGCUUUUGGUUUGAAACAGCAUCACACUCAAUCGCACUCUCAAGUUGCAAGGCUAACUGGUCCAUGCCGUCGGGUCUGGCCUAUCCACCACUGGGAUCAACAUGCUAACUCGUAUUUCUUUGCUUUUUUUAGGCGAUGGGGAGUACGGUGACGACCAACAGCACCACCACCACCAUCAUCAUCAGGCUCCCUCCCAGGGUAGCUCUGACGAAAGACCAGCCCAGGUUUUCUCCAACCACGGCUCAUAUCCCAACGGUGCGCCAUACGGUUCGUCCGCAAUGCCUUCGAUUCAUGACACCCUCAGUGGCUCUCCACAUGCCAGCGGCACCGGUCCUGUUACCGCUCGUCGCACGACGACCCCCGGCCGCGGCACCGCCCGUGAUGACGAGCCCGAGGAUCUCUUCCCUGAUAUCCCCGAAGCAAAGAAGCGCAAGUUUAUCCUGGUUGAGGACAGCGACAGGCACAGCCGUCUCCGCGUGAGAGUUACUCUUGAUGGAGUCGACACGCGCGAGAUUCCCGACAGUUUCCGCAAGGGCGCUAGCGUUUACCCUCGCUCGUACUUCCCUCGUGAGAUGCAAAGCCCACCUCCUAGUGCCACUGGCAGCAAGUUCUUUACCGAUGACCUGAGUGACGUGGAGGAUGACGGUACUACCGAUACGGAGGGUCGGGGCGCAGCAAGGGGUACCAAGCGGAGCGGCAGAGUCAUGGUCAAGGUCCCGAUGGGCGAAAGCCAGGAGGGCGAGAUCGCCAUCCCCCGAAUGAGGAAAGCGUUCCGUGGAAAAGAGGUGCGACUCAAUGACUUGGGCUAUCGCAUGGCCUGGCUCCAGAGCAGAGUAUUCGCUGGAAGGACGGUGUUCCUGCAGCGUGCUUUGGACUGCUACCGAAACAAGACCCGAACUGCCAUCGAAGGCAUGAUGCAAGACGUCAAGACGGCUGCGCCGCACUACGAGACCCGCGUUGGAAAGCGCAAGUGGAAUGAGCGCAUGCGAUACGGCGACAAGAAGGAGGAGGAAUCUUAAGCACCGCCACCCUCAGACUCGCUCGCAUCGCAUCGCAUCUCACCGCACCUCAUAAACAUGAAAUUUCUUCAACAUAAAACUACCACAAAAAAAGCACCACUCCCAAAGACAAGAUAUACACAAACAAUGUUUCAUGAUGAUUAAGAAGAGCAAAGAGAGGGAAGGACUGGAAUGGGUAUGGAAAUGGGUAAGGAAAUGGAACUGAUGUAUGGAUGGAUGAAAUCAGUUAAUCGAUCGAUGAUACGAUCGAUCUCGACUGAUUGUUCAAUAACUUGACACACUUAUAUGUAUAUGACAAAAACACAAAAUUAUAAAAAUUGAUGUAAAGCAAAGAAUUGAUUCGA